CGCGGAGGCGCGCGCGGCCCCGCCGCCCCAUGCUGUGCUCCAUGGCCAACUCGGGCUGCGUCCUGCUGCCCAACUCCGGCAUGCUCCCGCACUCCGUGCCCUGCGCGCCCGCCAUCCUCUUCCUCCAACAGGGCAACCAGAACGCCACGGCUCCGCCUGAAGCAAUGGCCCAGCCCUACCCCCCCACCCAGUACCCCCCUCCGCCACAGAAUGGCAUCCCCGCCGAGUAUGCCCCACCCCCGCCGCACCCCACGCAGGACUACUCGGGCCAGCCCCCCGUCCCCCCGGAGCACAGCCUGACCCUGUACACACCAGCACAGACGCAGGCCGAGCAGCCGGGCACCGAGGCCAGCACGCAGCCAGGAGCCGGGGCGCCCCCUGUGCCGCAGACGGACGAGGCGGCGCAGACAGACAGCCAGUCGUUGCUCCCCACGGACGCCUCGGACAAGCAGCUGCCCAAGCGGCUGCACGUCUCCAACAUCCCCUUCCGCUUCCGGGACCCCGAUCUGCGGCAAAUGUUCGGGCAAUUCGGGAAAAUCUUAGACGUGGAGAUCAUUUUUAACGAGCGGGGUUCCAAGGGUUUUGGGUUUGUAACUUUUGAGACUAGCGCAGAUGCUGACCGAGCCCGGGAGAAGCUGAAUGGGACAAUCGUGGAGGGACGGAAAAUUGAGGUCAACAACGCCACCGCCCGGGUUAUGACCAACAAGAAGACCGUGAACCCCUACACCAACGGCUGGAAACUAAACCCCGUGGUGGGUGCCGUGUAUGGGCCAGAGUUCUAUGCAGUGACGGGCUUUCCUUACCCCACCACGGGCACAGCCGUGGCCUACAGGGGCGCGCACCUACGGGGCCGGGGCCGGGCCGUGUAUAAUACGUUUCGGGCUGCGCCGCCGCCGCCCCCCAUCCCAACUUACGGAGCGGCGCUGGAGCAAACGCUUGUUAAAAUGCCGGUCCCGUGGGCAGGGCUGGCACCCUGCCCCCUCCCUCCGCAGACUCCGGAGCCGGCCGGCCCCGCCUCUCCCGCGCUCCCACCACUUUCUUGUCCGUUUGCUUCCAGGGUCGUAUACCAGGACGGCUUUUACGGUGCUGAGAUUUACGGGGGCUACGCUGCCUACAGAUACGCCCAGCCCGCUGCGGCCGCGGCCGCCUACAGCGACAGUUACGGCAGAGUCUAUGCGGCCGCCGACCCCUACCACCACACCCUCGGCCCCGCAGCGGCUUACAGCAUCGGAACCAUGGCUGGCCUCUGCCGCGGAGGGUACAGCCGCUUCACCCCCUACUAGCAAGAGACCCACCCCUAGCCGCACCCCCACUGCCUGCCUAGCGCGCGCACCCCGCACCCCAGGCCAGGGCCAGCCGCGCCGAGGACAGUGCGGGCCGGCCCCCCGGCCCUAGGUCUCACCUCCAGCCCGCGGGGCCCCCCACGAUGGUGUGUGUGUCUGACCCUGUCACCCCCGUGUGUCUGAAACCUUGGUCCCCAUUUUCACUUUGUUGAUGUGUCCCCCCCAGCCACUCCAGUGAAAGCUGCUGCCUCUCCCUUCCCGGACCAUGAAGGGCCAAACAAAAACACAAAAAACAAAAAACAAAAAAAUUACAAAACAAAAAACCAAACAAAAAAAGAUGUUCCGAUCCAAGCCACAAAAAAACCAACCAAACCGAGAAGCAUCCGCCCACCCGGCCCGGCGCACAGCAGCGACAGCGUGGACGGCGGCUGCGGCCGCAGCAGGGAGAGGGAGGGACGCCCCGUUUCCUGCCAAGUCUUCCUUCCGGCCCCCACUCCCAAGGCAGUGGGGGGCCCGCAGGGGGCAGGCU